AUGGAGAGUUUGGUCUUCAUAAAGUAUAACCAACAACUCAUCGAGAGGUACAACCUUAAAGAUGAAGUUGACCCUAUUGCACUCAAUGAUAUUGAUGAGUGUAAUGAGUGGUUAGUGGGAGAAAUUGGGACUGCCACCUUUCGAGAUGAUAGUGUGGAUGAUGAUGCUGAUUUCGUUCAUCAAGAUGAUAACACUUUGAGUUGGAACCUUCUUUUUGAAGUAAUGGAAGGACAUGAUCCUAUAACAAAUACUAGAAGACAACAAAAUAAAAAAAGAAAAGAACCUGCAACUGCAAAAGGUGGUGCAAGGGGUGGACCAAGUGGGUCUAAGGCUUCAGAAAAAGGAAAAGAAAAGGCAGUAAUUAUGGAAGAGGAAGAACCAAAAUUUGAAGAUGAAGAGGAUUCUGAAAAUGAAGAAGAACAAGAAGAGGAGAUUCAAUUCAAUGAUACCAAAUUAGAGGAUGAUGAGGGGGCAGAGGGACAUGAUAAUAAUCGUGUUAAUUUGGAUGACUUUGAUGAGAGCUAG